ACACAGACUACACAGUCUCUGUGUUUUGAUUACAAAAUUAAAACGUAGUGAUUAUAUGCUCUUUGUACAAAAUUGUAAAUAAUCAUAUAAUGAAAAAUAGUUUCUUAUUUUCCGAAAAUGAAUGAAUUUAAUUUGUUUAACAGCAAGUACACAUGCCGUGCCUGCAUGAGAACUGAUCAAGAUCUUUCUACAAUGUCUGCAGAUGAAAUAUUGUUGUACCGUGAUUUCGUAAAGCUGAGAAGUGGACCAAUACACACAGUGAUGAAAUUAUGUUUCUUAUGCCGAAGUAUGUUUAGCAAGUUUUUGAAAUUCAUCAUACAAUGUCAAAGAACAUAUGAAAUUAUGAAUGGAGUAUCGAAAGAGAUUGAACUAAACAAAUACAAACUUCAUGACUACUGUUGUACGACGGUCACUCAUUAUUUGGGCCCUGAGAUCGAAGAUGAUUUGAUUUAUGAUCGGUUUGAUACUGAUGACAAGUAUGAUGAUGAUUUGCCUUUAGUCAUGUUGAAGGAUGUUAAAGAAGACAAGCAAAACACGAUAGAAACAUCAGAAACGACUCAAGAAGAAAAAAGAACAGAAAAGAAAAGUAGCAAACAGAAAAAACAGCUCAAAGAAGGUUUCAGUUCCAGAAUGGUGCAAGAGACUAACGAAUAUGAAGUCAUCAAACUAAGCAAAGAGCAGGUGUUAGAAGAAAUGGCGGCGAAAUCGAAAAGCGACAAGUACCUGAGAUCUGUGUACAAAUGCGAGAAGUGCGUGAAAGGGUUCAACUUUAAAGACGUCAUCGACAACCACAUGAAGAAGCACUCACAGGAAAGCGGCACGUUGAAGUGUGAGAUUUGUGCUCAGUACUGUCCGAGUGCUGUAUCUAUGAGAGGACACAUGAAAUCGCACACCACUAGAUAUAAAUGCAAAAUAUGCGGUGCGGUUCGGAUCUCCCGACAACAUUUGUUAGAACACUACUCCAUUGAGCACACUUUCGACGCUAACACAUACUCCUGCGAGCAAUGCUCCUUCACCACCAAAAAACGCACAGUAAUCCAGAGACACGUAAAAACCCACAAGGUCGGCAAAAAUCUGACGUGCAGCGUGUGUGGGGCCGGCUUCAACAACAUGCAUGCAUUACGAAUGCACGUGUCCCGCCACGACCCCGCGCAGCGCUUCAACUGCCCACAGUGCAACAUGAAGUUCAUAUACCCGUCCCUAUUGCACCGGCACAUGUUGUCCCACUCGCACAGGGACCACUACUGCGUCGAGUGUGACGUCACGUUCAAGUCGCUAGAUAAUUUAAAACUCCACUUCAAAAGGGCGAAAAAACACAGAGACCCGUCAACAUACAAGUACAAAUGCUCGCAAUGCGACGAGCGUUUCAUCUCGCCGUCCUCCGUCCUGGCGCACCUGAGCGCGACGCACGGCGCCGCCAAGAGCCACGCGUGCGCGCUGUGCGGGAAGCUGUACUCCAGCAGAGAGAGCGCACGGAGCCACGAGAGGCGCGCGCACGCCAGGGAGAAACUAGCGUGUGACGUUUGCAAUAAAGACUUUGGCCGUAAGUACGUGUUGGCGAAGCAUCAGAGUGCGCACGCGUCGCUGUGCUGCGGGGUCGACUCUACGGACAAGAAGGUAUACCUAGCCGUGACCUAUUUAAUUAAAGAAACAUCAAGAGGAGAAUAGCUGCAUACAACCAGUGAACCAUGAGACUUGACUGUAAUAUAAUAUAAUGCCUAGUAUUUUCAUGCGUCGGUUUAUAUUUUCAAAAUAAAAUAUUUAUUCUAA